AUGACUUUGCAAAUCACAAACUUGGGAGAAGAUAUAAUUGUUGACAUAUUGGAAUACCUAACUCCUGAACAAAUUUUCAAGUUUCUCACUCUAAAUAAAGCCCUUUAUGAGAUAUACAUCUCCUCCAACACAAUCUACCAGUUGCUAUAUAAUAAGAAAUUUACAAAUAAUGAGAAUAACUAUACCCUAAGUCUCAAAGAUCAAAUCAAUUGGAAACAAUUGUUUCAACUACGGUGUAACAAGAAUCAAAAGAUUUUUACCUGGGGCGAAAAUAAUGGCGGAAGGUUGGGUUACUUAUCAUCGAGCAUCGAUGCGUCUCAUGUUUCCAAAAAGUUGGGUGGUUGGUCAGUUCAUACACCAACAAAUAUCCCCGAAUUUAACAAUCGUAUUGUAGUGGAUUUGAAGGCAAACGGGUAUAGUUUUAUAAUCUUGUUAAAUAAUGGGGAACUUUGGUUUACAGGUAUGGACUGGAAACGACCUCAACAAGGUUUGGCUACACCAGGGCCAAUUAGAGAGAAAGAUUACAAACCGAACCCAGGAACUUUGGCUUUGCUUAAUAUGGAUAGAAAUAACAAUCUAGAAAAUCAGAUGAAUGAAAACCCUGGUAAUGGAAGACACAAUAAUAGGCCCAUUGUGCCUGUUCAUCAUAAUGGUAGAUUUGGUGUAUUGCCAAUUCCAUUGAUGUGGAGACGUUAUUCUGACAGCGAUAGUGAUGAGGAACGCAAUAAUAACCAAAUGACUUCCUCCUCCUCCCCCUCCUCAUCAUCAUCAUCAUCACAACCCAACUCUGAGGCUUCAGGAUCUAGACCGAACCUUCAACCAGCCACAUCAUCACUAAAUCAUCCAACUUCAAAUAUUCAAGAGACAAAUUUUCUAUCGAGACUAUUUCUACCACCAGAGGUUUCAACUGCAGCCACUGCAGUGGAAUCGAUCAAUUCACUUGAUCCAAGGAAAGUGGUAUCAAUAGGAACAGGCCGAGAACAUAUCAUUGCAUUGGAUAAUCAUGGUAACAUAUACUCUUGGGAUUCAGGAUGUAGUUCGAAUAUUGGCAUCAAGAUUAAGUUUAGAGGUAUUCCAAGUAAAGCAGUCAUUAAUAAAAUUGCAGCUGGAUGGAAUUUAUCUGCCUGUUUAAUUGAAGAUAUCGGCUUGUUAGUAUGGUACACUCGCAAAGCAACUACAAGGGAGCAAUUUGAAAGUCGAAAUUUCGAGUGUGAGGCAAGUUAUUUGAUUAUUCCUUUUACCAAAAAUGAUGUUGCAGAUUUCACCGUUGGUGCAGAUUAUGUCUUGUACAUAAAAAAGUCAAACUCCAAACUAUUCCAAUUCAGAUUGAAUGCUCACGAAUUUGCUUCGAGAGAUGAGGAAGCAGCUACGGUUAGUCCCGAAGAGUUGAAACAAAAAAUCUAUCCCAUGACAAACUUCAACAACUGGCUAUCACAGCAAACACAAAACGUUCAAUUCACUCGAUUAAAUAGCUGCUUUACCAACUUUGUUGUAUUUACAAAUCACGAUCAUGUAUUGAUUGGAAAUAAUGAUCAUUUGCUUUUUGCCACAGAUGAUGAUGAUGAUGAUGAUGGUGAUGAGUCUUCUGCUGCCGCCGCCGCCUCCUCCUCUGGAGCGUCCCCAGUUAUCCUCCCUGAGUUACAAGGACAAAAUAUAAAGUCAGUAGAGAUUGGUGAUUAUCAUUACCUUGCCUUAACAAAUGAGGGUGGCAUAUUGAGUUGGGGAAUUGAAUCGAGAAGCUGUGGAUGUUUGGGAAUUGGAGCUAGGGAAUUGGCGAUAGAGCAAAACCCUACAAAUUGUUUGCCCAAAGGCAAUAACCUCGAAGUCAUUCUUCCUAUGAAAGUCAAAGACCCAUAUCAAAAUAGAUUAAGAGAAGAUAGAGGUGAACAAAAUGGGAAAUGGGUAAGCAUUGCUGCUAGUGGCUGGCAUUCUGGUGGUAUAUAUGUCCCUAACGACGAGUAA